AUGGAAGUGAUGAGUUUGACUGCUCCAUCUUCACCGAGACACUUCUCUGGCUGCUUCUUAAGUGCACCAACAAGCCCACGAAGAAUCACAGAGUUGUACAGAGAGUUCGACGCAACAAGAAACUUCUCCGACCGUCUCACGAUUCCUUUUGACUGGGAAGAGACUCCAGGAACUCCCAGGAAGAUCAAUAACGACGUUGAAGAAGAUACUGUCGAUGAUUUCGCCUUCGAGAUCGGUGAGCAAUUCGAAACGACGUCGCUUUUCGCUGAAGAGCUUUUUGAUGGAGGCAAGAUCAAACCCUUGAAGCCUCCUCCUCCGUAUUUCCAAUUAGAUGAUCAUCAUAAGUUCACCAACAGCUUCUCGCCUCCAGUUUCUUCUCCGAGAUCUCCAAGAUCACCUAUUGCUCAUGGUAAGGACAUUCUCCGCAAAGCUUUUUCGCCAAGAAAGAAACCAGUCGACGUGGAUCCUUUUGAAGUCGCUAUAGACAAUGCUCGCAAUGGCGUAGGAGAGGAGAGAGGGAGAGAUAGACGUCAGAAUUCGAGUCGUAGAGCCGCUCGAUCGCUUUCUCCUUUUAGGGUUUCGGCUUAUCCAUGGGAAGAGCAAGAACAAGAACAGAGAGAGGUACAAGAACAGAGGAAAGUGUCCUUGUCUUCUUCUAUUUCGUCUACAUCAACUUGCGUGUCUUGCAAGUCAUCUUCCUCAAAGAAAUGGAGGCUAAAGGAUUUUCUUCUGUUCCGAAGUGUAUCAGAAGGAAGAGCAAGGCACAACAAAGAUUCUGUAAGGACGUUUUCUGGUUUGUUUAGGAAACAAGAAGACACCAAGAACUCGAGUUCGCGGGGAAAAGGAUCAUCAUCAUCAUCCAUCUCCGCUCAUGAGUUCCAUUACAUGGCAAAGAAAGCAGAAACGAAAGAUUUGAAGAAGAAGACUUUUUUGCCUUACAUGCAAAUAGGAAGAUUCGCCUUCUAA